GGUGUGGGACCCGCGCGGCUCCGGCGGAGUGACGCUGACGAGAGCCAUUUCCUCCGCGCUCGCAGGAAGGAGCCAUGGCUCUGGACGGGAUAAGGAUGCCAGAUGGCUGCUACGCGGACGGGACGUGGGAACUGAGCGUCCUUGUGACGGACCUGAACCGCGAUGUCACCCUGCGAGUGACCGGGGAGGUGCACAUCGGCGGGGUGAUGCUGAAGUUGGUGGAAAAGCUCGACGUAAAAAAGGAUUGGUCCGAUCAUGCUCUGUGGUGGGAAAAAAAGAGAACUUGGCUGCUUAAGACGCAUUGGACCCUGGAUAAGUACGGGAUUCAGGCAGAUGCCAAGCUUCAGUUUACGCCCCAGCAUAAACUGCUCCGCCUGCAACUUCCCAACAUGAAGUAUGUGAAGGUGAAAGUGAAUUUCUCAGAUAGAGUCUUCAAAGCGGUUUCUGACAUCUGUAAGACUUUCAAUAUUAGACACCCUGAAGAACUUUCUCUCUUAAAAAAACCCAGAGAUCCAACAAAGAAAAAAAAGAAAAAGUUAGAUGACCAGUCUGAAGAUGAAGCGCUUGAAUUAGAGGGGCCUCUUAUCACUCCUGGAUCAGGCACCGAUGUUCUUUACAUUGGCCCUCUGAAAGGAAGUAUAUAUUCCAGCCCAGGACUGUAUAGUAAAACAAUGACCCCCACUUACGAUGCUCAUGAUGGAAGCCCUUUGUCACCAACUUCUGCCUGGUUUGGUGACAGUGCUCUGUCAGAAGGCAAUCCUGGUAUCCUUGCUGUCAGUCAGCCAAUCACAUCACCAGAAAUCCUGGCAAAAAUGUUCAAGCCUCAAGCUCUUCUUGAUAAAGCAAAAAUCAACCAAGGGUGGCUCGAUUCCUCAAGAUCUCUUAUGGAACAAUAUGUGAAAGAAAAUGAGGCCUUGCUGCUCCGAUUCAAGUAUUACAGCUUUUUUGAUUUGAAUCCAAAGUACGACGCAGUGAGGAUCAAUCAGCUGUAUGAGCAGGCCAGGUGGGCCAUCAUCCUGGAAGAGAUUGAAUGCACAGAAGAAGAAACAAUGAUGUUUGCAGCCUUGCAGUAUCAUAUCAAUAAGCUGUCCAUCAUGACGUCAGAGAAUCACCUGAACAACAGUGACAAAGAUGUUGAUGAAGUUGAUGCUGCCCUUUCAGACCUGGAGAUUACUUUGGAAGGGGGUAAAACAUCAACAAUUUUGGGUGACAUUACGUCCAUUCCUGAACUUGCUGACUAUAUUAAAGUUUUCAAGCCCAAAAAGCUGACUUUAAAAGGCUACAAGCAAUAUUGGUGCACUUUCAAAGAUACGUCUAUUUCCUGCUAUAAGAGCAAAGAAGAGUCCAGUGGCACCCCUGCUCAUCAGAUGAACCUGCGAGGAUGUGAAGUCACCCCAGAUGUAAACAUUUCAGGCCAAAAAUUUAACAUUAAGCUCCUGAUUCCAGUUGCAGAGGGCAUGAAUGAAAUCUGGCUUCGUUGUGACAAUGAAAAACAGUAUGCACACUGGAUGGCAGCUUGCAGAUUAGCCUCCAAGGGCAAGACCAUGGCAGACAGUUCUUACAACUUAGAAGUUCAGAAUAUCCUCUCCUUUCUGAAGAUGCAGCAUUUAAACCCAGAUCCUCAGUUAAUACCAGAACAGAUAACAACAGAUAUAAAUCCUGAGUGUUUGGUGUCUCCUCGGUACCUAAAAAAGUACAAGAACAAGCAGGAAAAAGGAUGCAAAAAGCAGAUGCCAGGCUUUAUAAGAGAUUUGAUAACAGCACGGAUCCUGGAAGCCCAUCAGAACGUGGCUCAGAUGAGCCUGAUUGAAGCCAAGAUGAGAUUCAUUCAAGCUUGGCAGUCACUCCCCGAGUUUGGCAUCACACACUUCAUCGCGAGGUUCCAAGGGGGCAAAAAAGAAGACCUUAUUGGAAUUGCAUAUAACAGAUUAAUUCGAAUGGAUGCCAACACAGGAGAUGCCAUCAAAACGUGGAGAUUCAGCAACAUGAAGCAGUGGAAUGUCAACUGGGAGAUCAAAAUGGUCACAGUAGAGUUUGCUGAUGAAGUCCGAUUAUCCUUCAUUUGUACCGAAGUGGACUGCAAAGUGGUUCAUGAGUUCAUCGGUGGCUACAUAUUCCUCUCAACACGUGCAAAAGACCAAAACGAGAGUUUAGAUGAAGAGAUGUUCUACAAACUUACCAGUGGUUGGGUGUGAUUAGAAAUACUGUGUAAUGAAACCCCACGGCCGUAACAAUAUUUAACUUUAAAGCUGUUGUUAUAUGCUGCUUAAUAAAGUAAGCUUGAAAUUAUCAUUUCAUCAUGAAAACCUUCUUUGCCUUACCAGACUGGUUACUAUGUGCACUAACACGCACCAUUCUUAAUCUGCUAUCGUGAUACGCCAUGUGGACUCUGGAAGAUGGCAGACAUUCCUUAGGGCCAUGAAUUGAAAACCGAAACAGUGAGCAGAUCAAGAACAGAGCAUCACUGAUGCACGCUAGCCAAACUAAGAAACAAGCCAUCGACUAAAGGUAUCCAGGGCUUAACAUGUAUGAAGUCUACUUAUCAUGUUUAAUGCAUGUGUUUCAAUGUGUGUUCAAUUUGAUGUCAUGUUUUAAAUAUCCUACUUUUGGUAGCCAUUUAAACACCCCCCCAUAUAAAAUCAGGCCUGCAAAAGAUGCCUGAUAUUUAAUAAUGUCACUGUUUGAAGGAAAAUGCUGUUAGUCUGUUAUGCUUGGUUUUUGUCCUUGAAUAAGCAUGUGUGUAUAUUGUCUUGUUUUUAUUUUUACACCAUAAUGUAUUACAACACUUUUAGUAUUCACCAGCAUAUUCACUGUCUGCCUAAAAUAUGCAACUUAUGCAUUACAAUAUGAAGUAAAGGUCUAUGAAGUAUGCAUUUUGUGUAACUAAUGUACAAACACAAAUUUUAUAAAAUUGUACAGUUUUUUAAAACUAUUCACAACUAGAAAAUGGCUUAAAUGUAGCAUCCUUGCAUUAAUUAAAUGCUUUUAAGAGAUAUAAUUAAUAUGCAGUUUUAAUAUGUGCUAAAUUAAGAAUGACUGCAUUCUGGUCGUGAUUUGCCACAGUGUCCUUAACACUAACGCCUAGACUGGCAUGUUCUAGUCUGUUGCGCUGUUACAAUCCGAUUGGUGCUAGUCAGGAGAGCCCUUGCUCACACCCCGAGAGGGGCCAGGGAGGAGUGGAUACCAGUGUUGUCCAAUAAUCCAUGGUUUAAAGACUGUAUAAAUGCAUUUUAUUUUAAAUAAAAGCAAUGCCUUUUA